GUCGAUGGCUAACGGCCAUCAGUUGUAUUUGAUGGCCGACCAGGCCAGAACGUCAUUUCCUCGCAAAAGAAAACAGUUAGGCCAAAUUUAAAAUUACUAAAAUAUAGCAUUGCAAUUUAAUCCCCUGGUGGAACCAAUUGGAUAACCAGCUGCAGCUGAUUCAAGACAUGCCCAGAGAAUUUUACUGGGAAAAGAGGAACUUGGAAAACCGAAAAGACCUUCACGUCUAUUAAAUUCUCACAAAUCCAGGAAGUUGAUUUAAGACAGAGUAUUUCGUUCACACUCGGACCUUAGGCGAUAAGCGCCUUCUUGAUAAGCUUUAUCAUCUUGAGCCAAUUCGAUUAUCGAACCCCUCGGAGCAUUAGCCAAUAUUCAAAGUGGAUCAUGGCGGCCCAAAGUAAGCUGGCUGAUGUGGCCUUCCAUGCCACCUGCUACGAGUACAACCACCCAUGGACCUCGAGCUGUGCCUGUGCUGCAGCGGGCAUGUUACUCGCCGAGUUUCCUUUCAGCCUGCGCACCUACACCACUGUUUACUUGUUGGCCCUCGUAAUGCGAGGACGCAUUCCCUCACUCAAGGACCUCGGACGCACUGUCACCGGAAUCCUUCAGUCAACAGCUUUCCUCACGAUGAAUGGAUCCCUAUUUGUGUUCUGCGUCUGCUUACUGCGCCAGAUGCUCGGCGGAUUCUACUUCGGCACAGUGGCCUGGUUGCCCACGUUCCUCUCCAGCGUCGCUUGCCUCGCCUUCGAGCGUCCCGAGAGAAGAGCUCCACUGGCCUUGUAUGUGGCCAAUGUUGGCAUCGAAACGCUGUGGAAGAUGAUGGAGUCCCGGGGCUGGGUGCGAUCCAUUCCCAACGGGCAGGUGCUCAUCAUGGGCCUCAGUGUCACUGCCCUGAUGUAUUUAUACAGAGUUGGACUUCACAAAACCGUGGCCAAGGACCCGACAUUCAAGGCAUUGAGUCUGGUUCUGGGCAAGGAGGAGGAGGGUCCUCUAAAGACCCCGGUGGUGACCACAUCGCAAAGUUCCCGGCAGGCUCCACUCAACUUCCGUUGCAUAUCCUCAUACCUGCAGCUCUACGAUCGACUCCUGAAGGCCAAACAUCCCAGUUGUCCUCACAAACGAGGUUGUGCCCGAUACGCUCUCCUCGGAGGACUGAAACCCUUCGCAGGAGGAGUUGGUUUAUCAGUGGGUCUCAAGCUGCUGCUCAACAUUCCCAAGAUCUUCCAGUUCAAAAUGCAGUGGCGCAAACAGAUCUUUAACCAGGGAUCCCUUCAGUUGGGUCUGGCUUUGGGCAUCUUCUCGUUCCUUUUCAAGACAACUUCCUGCGGUCUGCGCCACACCCUUGGAUAUGACAAUGCUCUCUUCGCAAUUCCGGCUGGUUUGCUCGGAUCGAUUGGCUUCCUGCGAUUCCCCAACACCACGGUGGCGUGUUACCUGAUGUGGAAGUCCUUGCACCUCCUCUACAAUUGGGGCAUUUCCGAGGGCAAAGUCCCCGAAGUGCCAAACUUUGCGAUGCUCAUGUAUGGAUUCUUCACGGCAGUCCUUUUCCACUCGGCGAUCCUGGAAGCCCGAUCCCUGCGUCCCAGUUACUACAAGUUCCUGAUGGGCAUCUCGGGCAACCGCAUCAGCCGCUUCAAUGUGAAGCCCUUCGAGGCUUACGGACUCAAGAGCCAGGACCAGAUCAACUUUGUGAUCAAGAAGCUGGGCAUCGACAUGACCUCUCCCUUUCCCAAUUUCGCCCUGACUGUGUAGAUGGUUUUUCCCACCGCACACACUGUAUAAUAAAACAAAUAGCCAAAUACAAUAAAUGUGUAACACAACGA